AUGGCUAUUCCCAUUAACAUGAUUUCCACUUCCAGCGUGGUUCCUACCCUGGAAUAUGUUGAUGCUCUUCGUAAGAAGUACGAUUUUCAUCGAGAAGAUAGAGUAUUGAUUCCGGUGGACGUGGAUUCAUUUUUAGAACCUCCUCCGGGGAAGGUUGGUGUUUUCAUGAAGACCUUUGAUGCCGGUUACCGGCUUUCGAUGAUUAACUUAUUGGAAGAGGUAAUGUGCAAUAAUGGUGUCAACAUAUACGAGCUUACUUCCAAUGUUGUAACCAAGAUCAUAGCCUUUAAAAUACUUUUCGUUCCCAAGGUUUUCUUCCCAGUAUCUGGGUAUUCAAGAACUUAUUUCGGUUUUCCACUGCUGGUGACAAGUUCAAAUUCUAUGCUCGAAAUAAUACUCAUGUUCUUGUUCCUGAAAGGAAAAGCAGUCCAAAAAGUUAGCAUAGUCAUCGGUUUUGGGAAUGAUUCCUUGAAAGCCAAUACUUCAAGAUGUUCAUAUUUAUCAAACUCCAAAAGUUUGUGUACCAAAGGAAAUGACAAAAGGCUGAAAAAGUGGGUGAAAAAUGAUAUUUUUUUGCAAAAAGAAGGCUGUCAUCUGACACUUUUCAGCAAAAAAGGUGCAAGCUGUCAGUUUACUGUCAACAGAAGGGCCAGAUUCGGAGCUAUUGAAAAAUGGGGGUUAGAUUCGGAAUUAUUCCAAAAAUGUUGUCACUUUCGGAAUUUAGGUACAAACUUCAACCUCAUUAAAACACUAAGGGUUCGUUUUGCAACUUCACGAUUGGACUUCAUCUUCACCCUUGGCAGUUCGUUUCGCAACGAAAGUCAAAAUCGGAUUCGCAUAUGUAUCACAAAUUGGAAUUGGAUGUUCAUCUCCGAAACGGUGCGAACAUUCGCAGGCAUUCGUAGCUCUGGGAGACUGGAAUUGGAAUUGGAGUUCAAGCAUGCGAUGUUCAAGGUUCGUAGUCCUCCAUUCGCAUUUGCAAUCUCAAUGGCUCGCUGGUUCGCAGUUUAA